AUGUCCAUUGCUGCAUGUUAUGCAGAGUUUGAUGAAGUAGAAAUGUUUCUUACCACUCUAUCACCUCAAUUAGAAUUAUUACGCAUUAGUACUUUCAGAGAUGUGACUUAUUUGGAUGCUAAUCGAUGGGAACGAAUUAUUUCACAACAUUUACAUCAUUUAAGUACGUUUGAGUUUAAAUACGAAGAACCUAUUGAUGAAGACUUGGAAGUUAGUGUUUAUCAUGAAAGACUUAAUGAAUUCAACUCAUUAUUUUGGAUGAAACGGCAAUGGCUCUUUAAAAUUUAUAUCGACACGAACUUUUGGGAAAAUAACGUUAUUGUAUGUUCUAUUUUUCCAUACAGGCCAAUACAAGGCAAUUCUCAUGAAGAGAGAGAAAACAAUGAAAGUUUUAAUGACAUACUCAGUCAAAACAUAACAGAACAAAGUAUCAUUCCUAAUCAACAAGAGUCUUUUGCUUAUUCUAAAAUGCUUUCUGAAACUAAUCAAUUAAUCGUCAUCGAUCUAUCAUAUUCUGAAUUUGAUGAAACUUUUUUUGAUACAAUACAUCCUGUUUUGACCACGAUACAAAUUACUUAUUUGAAUAUUAUGCUUCGUGACAUUUUCAUUGGCGCGUUAAUCGAUCUAGUCGGAUGUUUACCUAAUCUUGAUUCAUUGGUAAUUUCAUCUCUAAGCAUGAUACAACCACGAUGUUUAUCUAUAGAAGAAACAAGAACUUUUCGUUUGUUAUCAAAUAACAACAAAAUCACUAAAGUUAAUCUUAAAGAAAUGAAUGACUUAGCACAAGUUCAGUUUCUUCUCGAUCUCUGUUCUCAAAUGAAAUAUUUCGAGGUGGAUUGUACAAAUGAUGUGUCACCCGAAAAUGUUGUACAAUUUAUUUUAAUGAAAAAUAUCAAACGUACUUGUAAUCUACGUUUACUAUGUCUUAAAAUUUUACAAACAAAUAUGAACAUCGUUGAUACAUUAAAAAGUAUAAUUGAUUUUGAACAAUUAUGUCAUAACUAUACAAUACAACAAAUAGACACUAAAAUUUAUUUACGAUUGAAUUAA